AGAGAUCUUAGGCACCACGUCAAUACAAUGUCUUAACCUCAUUCUGUACGCACAGCCACAUUUAUGAGUGUAGUCGGUAAAUCCUUCAUCGCGUUCAGUGGGUGAUUGGGGGUCUGGCAGGAGAAGAGCCAAACAAAUGCCUUUUUAGUCCAGCUGAUCACUCUCGCCGAAGCUGAUCACUCCCGCUUUCCAUACGUUCUUAGCAUGAGCUCACGGCCGCGAUCCCCCGACACAGCAACUUCGGGGUUUCGGCGACUCAAGUACUCACAUUUGGCUCGCGGUGAUCCUUAUCCGCUCGUUUCUAUGCUUGACUACGGUACCGUAGGCUCCCUACUUACUUGCUAAGCGCUGAGCAUUGGCGUCUACGGACGCAAUGACUAACACGUUGUCCUCCGAGUUAGCCCCUAGCACUGAUCCCGCAGAGCUAGCCAAUCAGGCUCCGCCUUCAUUUGGGCACGCAAUGCACAAACUCUUUGAGUUUGACCCAUCUUAUGUCAACCUCAACCAUGGUUCAUAUGGUUCAUUACCCAUACCCGUUAGAGUUGCAUGCGAUAAACUUUCCGCUCGCGUCGAAGCCAACCCAGACAGAUUCUUGCGCAUAGAGUGCAUUCACCAUUGGAAUGAAGCUCGGACUCGAGUGGCCAAGUUGAUAGGCGCAGAAACCGAUGAGUGUGUCUUGGUGAAUAAUACGUCACACGGCGUAAAUACGGUUCUCCGCAAUUUUGACUGGAAUGAAGGGGAUAUCAUCAUUGGGACUACCACGACUUAUGGUGCUGUGUCCCGAGCGAUUAGGUAUAUUGGAGAUACCCCACCACACCCACAAGUGUCCACAUUCGAUCUUAGCUUCCCUAUCUCACACGCGGAGAUACUGGAGAAUUGGCGAGAACAUCUCCGCCAAGUGACCUCGGAAGGGGGCGAUCUCAAACAGACUCGCAAGGUUGUUGCUGUCAUAGAUGCCAUCGUAGCCAAUCCUGGCGCACGUCUUCCUUGGAAAGAAAUGGUGGCCAUUUGCAAGGAUGCAGAUGUUUGGUCGGUAGUCGAUGCUGCGCAUGCCAUUGGUCAAGAAGUAGAUAUUAACUUGUCGGAGGCGAAGCCCGACUUUUGGGUAUCAAAUUGUCACAAAUGGCUCUUUGCGAAAAGAAGUUGUGCAGUCCUUUAUGUUCCCAGACGGAAUCAUCAUGUUAUCAAAUCUCCUUUUCCCACUCCACACACUUAUCACUCACCUGAAGACGAACACUACAAUGGCCCAGAAGAUUUUGUGAAGCUUUUUCAAUGGACAGGAACCAUAGAUUAUAUUCCAUUCCUAAGUAUCAAUGCAGCCUUGGAUUUUAGACAGUGGCUUGGCGGCGAGCACAAGAUAAACGAAUACACUCACAAUCUUGCUAUCGCCGGCGGAAAACACCUAGCAAGUCUUCUGGGAACCAGCGUGAUGGACCCUGAGGGUGACCUCACUUUGAACAUGGUCAACGUGGAACUGCCCAUUCCUGGUGACAUUAAAUAUUCAGAUGAAGUCAAUUCUCUGGUACUGAAUACAUUGUUGCUUGAGUGGAACACGUACGCCGCUCAUUACUACCACAAUGGGAAAUGGUGGACAAGGUGUAGCGCGCAGGUGUGGAACGAGAUUUCGGAUUUCGAAGUUCUCGCCAAUGCUUUGAAGGAUGCGUGUCAGAAAGUAGUGAAGUUUUCGAAGCAAUAAGUAGUUGGUUCAUCACGUAGUAGGAAAGUAUUCCCCAAGGCAGAGAUCGAACAAAUAUAAUAUUAUAGACUGAAUGGAAGUAUGCGAAGAGCCCGCGUUUUGGAAAU